CACUGAUAGUCAGCGCUGACUGGCAGCACUGACUGACAGCACUGACUGGCAGCACUGGCUGAUGGUACUGACUAGCAGCAAUGCUGGGCACUGCUGGGUGGCACUGCUGGCUGCCACUGCUGGGCAGCAUUAACUGAUGGCACUGUUGGGUGGCACUUCUGGGUACUGAUGGGUGGCACUGAUGGGCACUGGUGGAAGGCACUGCUGGGCGGCACUGAUCAUCAGGGCACUGAUGAUCACUGCCAAUAUGCUCUAUGACAGUUGCCGGGAAAUGCAAUUGCUGGUUCUCGGCUGCACUUUCCUCAUGCUGUCAGAGCGCGAGGAAAGUACUGCCGAGAACCGGCAGUUG